CUUCUUUAUGAUUCUUUAAAGCAAAAGCAUAAAACUGCAAAAAAAUUUUUUAGACAUUCUCAGCUCCAAGAAGACAGAAUCCCUCCCUUUAACAAUCCAACUAAAAUAAAAAAUUAUUUUUAGAUUGCAGAAUUUCUUGGUAAUGAGAAUUUCAAAGUUUUAUUAGUACAUGGAAAUCUAUCAGCUGUUGAGCGUUUAAAAAACCUUAGAAAAUUUGUAGCAGGAAAAGCGAUUAAAAUUCUGAUUGCCUCAGAUGUAUUGUCGAGAGGAACCGAUAUUAAGGAUAUAACGCAUGUGAUAAAUUACGACUCUCCAGAAAGUUUGUUUUUGAAAUAUGAAAAUUAUAAAAUUAUUUUCCAAAGAAUUAACAACUUAUAUCCAUCGUGUUGGACGUACAGCAAGAAUGGGGAAAAAAGGAACUGCAAUAACAUUCUUCAAUGAAAAUAGCAAGAUAAUUUUGGAAUUGUAUGAAUAUUCAAAGGAAAAAUUAAUAAAUCCUAUUGAAUUCCCUCCCAAAUUUAAUGAAAAAGUAAAUGAAAUAAUUGAGGCGAUUAAAAAGAAAAAUGAGAGAGGAUCGCAUUUUCGAGAGAAAGCAAAGAAAAAAGAAGAGGUAUAAAUAUUUUUUGUUGAAUAAAAUUUAAUAGAAGUAUUAGUUUUUGU